AUGUCUGAUUUAUCUGUAAUUCAAAAUGAAUAGUUCAUUUGUGCUCCAAAUUUGUUAUAAUGUUAAUAGGCAUUUUGCUACAUACUUGAAUAAAUGAUAAAUUUAGAACUUUUAACUCCAAACAUUUCUAUAAAAUUUGAUAAAGAAAUAGAAGGUUAUCUUCAAUUAAAAUAUUAACUAUAAAAAGAUGAUUUAAAUAAAUUGAUAAUAUAAGAAAAGGAACUUUUAGAAUUCUUUUAAGGAUGGUUUUCAUAUGAUAGAGAAAUUGAAAAAUUAUAAACAACAAGUAAUAGUAAGAUAUAAUAUCAUUUAAAUCUUAAUUUUUAAACCUAGUAUGAUUUUGAGAAUGAAUGUUUGAAAAAUUUCAAAAAAUUCAUUCUAAAUAAGAAAAUAAAUGAAUUAAAAAAAUUUAAGGAAUAUUAUAAAGAACAAAACACUCUAAAUAAUUGGAAAAAAAUAAUUGAUGAUUUAAAAGUUAAUAACAUUUAAGUCUUUAUUAUGCUUUGUUUAAUUAAGGAUUAAGAACCAUAGAAUAAAUUUACACAUUAUUCUCUUUAAUGGUGGUUUAAUUGGAAUUAGACUUCAGUUUUUAUAAAAACCAAAGAGAAAUAUUAAUGA